GACUUUGUACUUGAGUUCUCAGUUAUAUUGGUGCGAUUGUGGCAACAUUUCAAAUGAGCGAUUAAUGCGUUUAAUUAGCUUUACAAUAUUGGAAAUCCCUUUCCCGCACCCGUUACUCAUUAGUUUAAUUUUAUGAAAUCCCCACAAAAAUGACGUCGCCUCUUCACUAAUAUUGUAUGUGAGAAAAACAAAUGCAGCAACGUCCAACACAUUCGUACGAAUGCUCAGCAGCCCCUUUGCCGCCAUAGCCCCUCAGCCAGCCAGCUCGCCUAUGCUAGCAUUGUUAGCCUAUUUUUAAAGAUGAAAAUCACCACCGCCAAUAGCAUCGGUCCGAAUUGUGUUCUACAAGUUGCGCCGUGUUCCUGCUAGCCUAUAUAUUUUUGCGCUGCUGGCAAAUGUAUUUUUGAACUUCGACGAAAUGUGGAUGGAUACACACAUGAACGAGCUAUUUUCUGAAUCAAGUGAAAAUUCUCAAACAGCUGUUGCGCUUCGACGGGACGAGUAGGCGCAAAUUUGUCGAAUCGAAAUAAUCGUGCUCAAAUCUAUCAUAUAAUUAAUUCCAAGUGGACUGUGUGAAUUAUUAAUUACAUAAAAAUUAAUAGUUUACUUUGUUUGGUUUAUACAGUUUGAGGUUACAGUGAUUGAAGCGAUACACAACGCGAAUAAGUAUUUUGAUUUUCGAGUGAACUUACAAGAGCCAAUUUCAAAAGUAAUCACAGCAAGUGUUUAAUGGCGAUGUUCUAGAGACAUCGCUAGUUGUUAUUUAUCACGUCGAAAAUUCCGGGAAAUCGAAAAACGUUAAUCAGUUAAAUUGUCAACUAUAUCGACACAAUGCCAUUCGUUGCGCCGAAGAGCACUACCACCAGCACCACCGGACGCACCACUUUUCGGCCGCCAUGGGUGAAGGACGAUUCGACCGCCAAUGCCAAGCCCUCAGUCCCGUGGGCGAAAAAGACAGCUGCCACAACAGCCGAUAAGGAGAAGGACAAAGAGAAAGAAAAUGGUGCAAAAGCGGCUUCUACCUUGGCAGCCAAGAAGUCCACGGCUCCGGCAACCAGCAACUCCAUUGCGAAAAAAGUAAAUGAAACAACUGCGGCUGCAAAAAAGCCUGCCGAGCCGACAAAAAAAGCCGUCGUAGAGCCUGUGAAAAAGAACGCUGAGCCAGCGAAGAAAGUGAUUGAACCGGUUAAACGCGUAGUAGAGCCUGCUAAGAAAGUAGUGGCACCUAUUAAGAAGGCGCCAGAGCCCGUGGUAACCAAAAAGCCAACUGCGACUGCGGCAACGAAACCAACUACUGCACCAGUAAAGAAGAAAGAACCAACUCCAUCAUCAUCAGAAGAAGAGGAGACUGAAGAAGAGGAAGAAGAGACUGAGGAAGAAGAGAGCGAAGAAGAAGAGAGCGAAGAAGAAGAGGAAGAAAGUGAGGAGGAUGCAAAUGAGAACGAAGUGGAAGAUCUCGAAGGACUGUCCGAUUUAGAGUUUUCGGAAAACGAAUUUACACAACCAUCCCUGAGACUGGGCGUGAAACUAAAGAAGACACCACAAGUCAAAAAGAAGGAGAAUGAAAGUGAGUUAUCAAGACGCUUCUCAAUUGAAAAACCAAAAUUACGACCGGUCAUGGUUAAGCGCGACAAGUCCAUGAAAAAAGUUGAAGGUGACAGCGACGAUGACGAAGACGAAAACGAAGAAGAACGGGAACGUCAGUUGCGUUUUAAAUUAGAGAAACCGAAAUUGCGACACGUUAAACGCGAAGAAAAACCCUUGCCAAGUAAGAGUACCGAGGAUAUUAUGAAAAUACGGCCCGUUUUGAAAAAGGUUUCCAAAAUCGACGAAAUACUCAAAGAGCCCAAAGAAGAGCCUAAACCCGAAUUCAAAACUAAACAGUUGCGUAAGGCACCGUCAAUCAAACGCGAGCCCAGCAUGAAAAACGUUCCCGCGCCACCGCCGCUGCCUUCACUGGUGCCCAAAGCACCCCCACCACCGCCACCACCAUUGGGCGCUCCCGGCGAGAAACGAAAUCUAAGUGAAACACAAAAGGCCGCCUUAGAAAAACUUAAGACGCGGCCGCGCAGGCGUCCAGACUGGUCAGAAAUGAUGAAGGAGGUAGAGUCCGGCCGGAAAUUGCGCCAUGUGGAAUGCAAUGACAGAUCUCAGCCGAUUCUUACAUGCAAAUCGAUGACGAAAGUGGAUAAUAAGUUUAUAUACGAAACCGAAAAGGAUAACUCACACAAUAAGUUGCUUAAACAAAUUCAGGGUGGCAUCAAACUAAAGCCCACACAAACGAACGAUCGUAGUAAACCGUUCAUUGGGGGAUUACGGAAGUUCCGCAAGCAGAUGACCAUAGAGGAACAGAUACAGAAGUCCCAGUCGAAGAUUAACCUGUUAGCGGAGGCUGCUACAGCUGCUGUUGGCGCCACUGUAGGCUCUUCCGGCACCACUGACCCGGUCGCUAUCACAAAUAGUAUUGUGGCUGCCCUCUCGAUUGAUGAUCCUAGUGGUGAUGAACUUGACGACAUUGACAAAAUACGUGAUGAUCUUCAAAGCACGAAGCAAAUGUUGGCACUGGAACUACGCAAUCGUGAAGCGCAGGACCGUGAAAAUAAGAAAUUGCUUGCACAAAUAGCCACACUAGAAGCGGAGUUGGAGCGCGAAAAAUCACGCGAAAAGAAUCUGGAAUAUGGUUCUCGUAUUAUUGUAGCAACCAUGGAUCCCACACCGGCCAGCGAGGAGGCAUACUUGAAUUCACUUAAACAAGAAGCAGAUGACGCUCGCAAAUCAGCGAAAGACCUGGAGACAAAAUAUCUAGAUACAGGAGAAUUAUUAGAUCAAGCUAAGAGUGAGAUUGAAGAACAAAAACGAACGAUACAGAUGCUAGAGCGAAAAUUAGCGCAGGCAUUGCAGGUUGAAGAAACAAGCAUGCCAUGCCCCAUAUGCGCUAAAAGACAACAAGCUAAAUAUUUUUAUUCAUAUGAUGAUCCAGAUGAUGGCGAAUCAUAUUAUGGCUUUGAAAAUUUUGCUAACGGCUAUACUAACAAGGGAGGUAGUUCUUUGAACGGAUCCCGACGUCCGAGCGACGUGCAUGGUGGACGCGAUAGUUCUCCCGAAUUAGAAUUAGAUGUGAGCGAGAGUGAUCCAGAUGAACCGGAAGAGAAGAAAUUGGAACGGCGCGAUCGUCGCAUCGCCAAGGAAGUGAAAGUGCUUCGUACUAAACUAACAAAGGUAAAGGUUAAACGUGAAGCAGCUAAAAAGGAAAAAUUAGCAUUGAAGCAAGCUAUGAAGAAGAAUCAUCUCAUACUCAAAGAGGAAAAUAAGAAGUUUAAAAAAUUAGAGAAAGAGGUUCAAAAGAUGGCUGCUUCCAUGAAAGACGACGAGGAAGACGAGGAAGGUGAUGAUGAAAAGGACGAAGAAGCAGAAGAUGAGGAGGAUGAAGACGAGUCUGAGGAAGAAGAAGAGUCCGAAGAAUCAGAAUCAGAAGAAAGUGAAGCAGAAACUGAAAGCGAGUCCGAAGGCGAGGACGCUAGCAAUGCCGAUAAGAAGAGUAAUCUAGAACCUCGAGUAAAGAAACACGAAAGUCGCCUUUUAGCGAUGAAGAAAUGCAAUGUGCUAUUGCAGGCCAAUGUUGACAAUUUACAGGAUGAGAUUACACAAAUUCGUGCAAAGGCAGCGAAUUUACAAGCCGAAUUAGAUGCAGUAUUGGCCGAUCUGGGCUUCUAAACAAUUUCAGCAUACAUUAUAUUGAGAAGUGAAUAUAUACAAAUAUACAAGUGAAUGCUAGCUCCGUUAUUGGUCGUCCGUUCAUUAUUGUAUUGCGGUAUUUAUAGCUUUUAUUGCGAGUAACUAGAACUUUUUCUAAUAAAACUUACCUUAUGAAAUAAAUGUGAAUGCUUUGCGCUUUUUGAAA